AUGGUCUUCGACCAUGGAAAGCAAUUCGACAACACACCACUGCAGACGUGGUGCAAACAGUUCGGUAUCCACCUCGCUUACUCGGCGGUAUGCCACCCUCAGAGCAACGGCCAAGCCGAAGCCGCGAAUAAGCUCAUACUCAACGCACUCAAGAAAAGAGUCGAGGAAGAAAAGAGUAAGUGGCUAGAAGAGCUCCCUGGAACACUCUGGUCCCUUCGGACCACCGAGAAAGAAGCCACGGGACAAACGCCCUUCCACUUGGUAUACGGUUCCGAAGCUGUCAUCCCUGUAGAGAUCGGAACAGAAAGCUUGAGGGUCCAAGCAUGCAACAAGUAUGAUGGAACCCACGGACAAAGCAAUGAUCAACUUCUGACCGAAGCCUUGGAUCUACUAGAUGAAGCUCGGGACGAAGCCAGAACUCUCAACGCAGCUUACCAGCAGAGGGUUAGCAAACACUACAACCGAAGAGUCAAUGCCAGACCUCUUAAGGUCGGCGACCUAGUGCUCAGGAAUGGUGCGGCAGUUCAAAAGGGAAGGAUCCAUGGGAAACUCUCGGCAACAUGGGAAGGGCUAUACAUCAUCAACUCCGAAAAGAGGACUGGCACUUUUAUGCUUAAACAAGCUCAGAAGCAGACUCUAAACACGUCUACAAGUGUUAAAGAGCUCAAAAGUAGACUCUUAACAGAUCCACGGAUCUUAAGAGCUCAGAAGAAGACUCUAAAUACGUCUACAGGUGUUAAAAAGCUCAAAGUAGCCUCUUAA